AUGGGGGUGGACGAGGACGAAGUCGCGCGAGACGUCGGCGUCGGGCUCGCGACGUUUAUGGCGCUGAGUCGAGGCAAUUUGGGAAGGAUUUUACCGAGCGACGUCUCUCGCGUGGGCGCGAACGCGUACAAGAGUAUCGCCGCGCGUGGCAGCGAUUACGCGAGCGAAGGACAGAAAAAAACGCUGCAAAAGUGGUUUAAAAAAUUUGGCUGUCAUCACUGCGGAAGCUCGAAAGGCAAGGUCAUCGGCGACCACAUGCCGCCGAACAAGACCGCGUUCGGUAGCGGGGCGCGCGCGGCGGCGAAUCGAGGCGCGUCCACGACCAGACGCGUGUUCAACUUCAUUCGCGGCGUGCCUUUGCAGCGUUUCUAUCCUCAAUGUGAGUCGUGCUCGGCGUUACAGAGCAUCGCCGUGCGCACCGGCGCGACGAAACUCGUCUCGCACGCCGUCGGCGUUAGGUACGCCGUCUUCGCCGGCGCCGCCGUCGGCGUCUCGACGUUGCACUUCGGGACAAUCAAAACCUGGGUGGACGAUAAAGUUAAGCGCAUCAACGGCGUCGUGCGCGCGUGA